AGACCUCUCAUCCCAAUUUCGAUGCACUGCGAGAGCUCCGGAGAUGAUUGUCUUGGCUUAGUCGCCGAUCAUGGAUAUCAGUCCGACAUAAAGUCGCGCAUCACGACGCCAAUGGCGGUCCGGCAGCGAGGCGGUACAACGCUUGCAUGCCAUCGAUACAGUCAGGACCAAACGAUUCUUGCCUAGGGUACACCUUUGUCUGGGUGUUACACCUGCUCACCAGGCUGCCUGUCAGAGUUUUUCAAGAAGAAACACUAUUCAGAUACAACCCCCAGAAUAGCUUUUGCUCUGGCCGGUGAUCCAUCCAGUUAUUACUCAGACUCAGUGUUCAUCAACAGCAAUAUGACAACGUGUAUGCAGAUAAUUCACAGAUUUUGCAUUUACGACUGAUGCAAUAUUGAGAUUUGCAAGAGCAGUUUCUGGAACACCAAGGAAUAUUUUCUAUUGACCCUUUGCUGAGAGCAUGAAGACACUGAUAUCGAUGGACGAUACGAAUCGUACAGGACAAGCGGUGCACCCUACCCACGGCGCCGUUGCUCAACUACGUUUGAGGACACUUCUCCGAGUUUCGCCGAGGCUGGAAGUUUCAAAACAAAGAAAGUCCUAUCAAGAUUGGUAGUUGAAAGAAAAUCGUCGUCGCCAUUACAGUUCAGUAACAAAGAAGGAACUCACAUCGAUCAUCACAAUGAGACGAAGAGCGAAGUUUGUCAUCUCCUUUUACCUCAGCAUCCUAGCAGUGUUUAUCGGGACGGUCUGUCUCAUGGGUCUACAGGACCUUCAGCGAGAAGACAGGGCUGCCAUCAGCAGAUGUCAGAGUCUUCGGACAGAGUUAUGUCCAUUACAAGAUACCAAAUUUUUGCUCGCUGUGUUUCAAAAAGAACAAAUUGUCAGAGAAGUGAAGGUCGUGUCUGAGAAAUCAGAGACCAGAAGACGGUCCCAUUCCGAAUCAGAGUUUGCAGGGCAGUCCAGCGACACAAAUCGUGUGGAAAAGUUCUCUUACUCUCAGAACUUUCCUAAUUUGUAUCAGCCAGUGCUUUCUAACGGUUUAAACUGUACAAAAGUAUGGAUGGGCGACAGUACUGAGCUAACGCGCGCAGCUUCUUUGAUGAACAUGUCCCUCAACCCACCCAGACGUCCAGAAGGGUUUUACGACUUCAUUACCCGAGACUGUGUUCAAUAUCGCAAAGAAAUGGGGUACAUCGAGCAGGUGAGUGAGGAGGAGAAGGCGUUUCCCCUGGCCUUCAGCAUCCUGCUGUACAAGGACGUGGAGCAGGUGGAGCGACUGCUGCGUGCUGUGUACCGACCUCACAACCUCUACUGUCUGCACUCUGACCUCAAGACCAGCGCUCACCUGCAACGCCAGAUUAAGGCCCUUGCCCAGUGUCUGCCAAACGUGUUCGAGGCUCCUCGGCAGGUCAACGUGACCUGGGGAACGUUUACGGUCCUUGAAGCCGAGCUUGUGUGCAUGGAGGCGCUGCUACGCACCCACAGCACGUGGCGCUACGUCAUCAACCUGACUGGACAAGAAUUCCCACUGAAGACGAACAAGGAGCUGGUUGCUAUACUGAGAUCAUAUCGCGGAGCUAACGACAUCUACGGCAGUGACCCGGGGAGGCAGUGGUCUUUCCGCUGGACGUCCGCCGGGCCUCCUCCACACAACAUCACGCCCGCCAAAGGACCCGUGCACGUGGCAGCGUCACGUGGCUUUGUGGACUUUGUGCUGAACUCACCAGUGGCUCAAGACUUCCUGCAGUGGGCUAAAAAUACCUCGGUGCCUGAUGAAACCUUCUUCGCCUCCAUGAACAACCAGCACCAGCUCGGCAUUCCUGGAUCUUACACGGGGAACACCUCCUCAUCUCGCCGCAUCAUGCUGAACAGGCUGAAAGUAUGGCGGACGUCCAAAUGGCCGUGUCGUGGACAGAUAGUCAGGUCCAUUUGUCAUUUCGGACCCCUUGACCUGAGUUUCAUCGUCAAACACCGACACAUGUUUGUCAACAAGUUUACUUACGACUACCUUCCUCUGGGGUACGACUGUCUCGAACAGUGGUACUUUGAUAAAAUCAAGAAGGAAAGCAUGCUGGGAAAAGUGGAUAUUGACACGAGGUAUUACGAGAAUCUCGAAAUUGUGAAAUACGCCUUGAGAAUAAAUUCCACGACAGAAAGGAGAUAGACAUGCUGCUGUGUUCAUGAUCAAAAAGCAGAACUAUCUUGACAUUUAUAUAUUUUGAAAACGCACGUAACGAUUUUGAAAUUUGAAUUUUGGAAACGAAGACGUUUGACUCAAUUCUCAGACGUUUCCACAGCAGUGAAACUAGUAUCAACUGUAUAUCAAACCACGAACUUGUAUUACUGGAACGACUUGCAGACGAUUUUUCCAGCUAACUACUAAAACGAGGCUCGUGUAUAGAAAGCUUCCGGUUUAGUCAGAUUCAUUGUUUAGGCUCGCCGAGACUCACAGCGGAUCACUUUAAAAACACUGGUGUUAAAAUAUCAAUGUCUGCAGAGAUACUUCGUUAACUUUAACCCUCUUCUUUCCACGCAGCGUUACACUGCUCUUACUCUUACGCUUACGCGCUCAUUCUUGAUCUCUUUAUUCAUUAUUUUUUGUUGUUUAACACUGUUAGUGCUGAAUGAGAUAUUGUUCUUGUCAUUUUUGAUGUUGUUUAUAAUGUGGCAAUAAAACGAACGAAUUUUCAAGGUAUUUGUGCAUGUGAAAUAAUAUUUCUAGCGUU